UGAAGAACGAUUUUCGAACAAAAGGGUUGCAGAGGACACAGAGAAGACAAUAGAGAUGGCGGGAGUUGCGGAAGCUCCAAACAGACCUGCUAGACCCCUUCCCUCUUUUCAAGCCAGAGGCCCUUUUCUUCCCGCUCGCCCCCGCUUCGAGCCUGUUGAUCGCGAAAAGAUUUGCCCUCUCUUGCUUCGGGUUUUCACUAAGAAUGGAGGUCAUCAUACUAAGGAAGAUUUUGCCAUGAGGGGCAAGGAGCCCAAGGAUGAGGUCCAAAUAUAUACAUGGAAAGAUGCUACUCUUCGUGAACUAACCGAUCUGGUCAAAGAGGUUGCUCGUGCAGCAAGAAGAAGAGAUGCAAAACUGUCAUUUGCAUUUGUAUAUCCUGAUAAAAAUGGGCGUAAUGUGGUGAGACCGGUGGGGAUGACCCAUUCUUAUGGGAAUGGGAGGGGGCAAGACGACAGCAAAACACUGGCUGACCUUAGCUUCCAGAUUGGUGACUACUUGGAUGUGGCAAUCCUAUAGAGGUAAAAGUAUUGCUUUUGUGGAGCGGUGCUGAUGUUAUGUUAUAGAACAAUCAUUUACAACACCAGUUUGAUUUUCAAGCAGGAUUGGUGUCUGUUACUGUUAGUGUAUGCAUUAUAAGAUUUUACUCUCAGAUAUGUUGCUUACCUAUUGUAAAAAAAAAAAAAACAAAACAGAAAAUGUAGUUGCUUUGGGUGUA